AUGUACGCAGCACGCGGUACUAUCGAGAUGAUCUCCGGCUCUGGCGAGCGCAGUUUCGAGGAUCAUGAAUGGCUAUUGGAUGUCACGAGUGAUGUCGACGAGGAAUUGCAUUACUCGCUCUGCAACCACCUAUUCGAGGGUGUAGUCAUAUGCAAAGACUACGUCCUGGUUACGCUUGUGAAUGCCGGAGAGGUUGCACAAGAAACGCAAGCUCUGGACGAGGGUAUCUGUGACAGCACAGUCAUGGCGUCUUCUAACGAAAACUAUCCACAGGGACCAUACGAGGUCGGCAAGCACAUCGUUCCUCCUCCACGGCCGAGCUCACCAUCAACUGCCGAGUACCGCCUUAAUCAUCUCAUGACCCGUAUCAAAGACCCGGAGAAGAGUUUGAAGUUCUACUGUGACUGCCUGGGCAUGCACGUUGUCUUCAUCUUCAAUGCUGGUCCAUUUACCAUUUACUACCUAGGACCACGAGAUAGUGGUAUGUCCACCCUCGGUACCUCAAAGGGGUUACUAGAGCUGUACCACAUCCCCGCAGACGCGUCUACGUCGUAUACUUCUGGCAAUGACUACUCUAAUCCGGCGGGAAUCGGCUUCGGUCACAUUGGAUUCACAGUACCAGAUGUCCCUGAAGCACUGGAAAGGAUCAAAAGCUUUGGCUACGAGGUCAUCAAGCCGCUGGAUGAGGCGAAAGAAGAGCAGAUGGGUUUGCCUGCGGAGGCUGUAGAAGGGAAACACGGGACAGUACCAGACGGCUACAAGCACGUUUUCAAACAGCUCAUUUUCGUGAAGGAUCCGGAUGGUUACUGGGUUGAGAUCGUACCUCAGGUAGUCAAACCACUGAGUGGUUAG